CAGAUGAAACACAAAGAUGAAAAUACAGAAGCCAAUUUUACUGCAGUGAUGCAAUUUGUCCUACUGGGAUUUUCUGACCUUCCAAGCCUUCAAGGGUUACUCUCUGCAUUGUUCUCCAUUAUCUACUUGACUAUCUUGGUUGGAAAUAGCCUCAUCAUACUGAUUACCAGGCUUGAGUCUUCACUGCAUAAACCCAUGUAUUUUUUCCUGGCAAACUUCUCUUUAUUAGAAAUCUGUUAUGUAUCUGUUAUUCUCCCUAGGAUGCUACUCAACCUCUGGACUCAGCAAAGAAGCAUUUCUCUGCUGGACUGUGCCGCCCAAAUGUGCUUCUUCCUUAUGCUGGGAACGACGGAAUGUUUCCUGCUGGCUGUGAUGGCCUAUGACCGCUAUGUGGCCAUUUGUAGCCCUCUGCACUACCCGGUGCUCAUGAACCACAAGAUGUGUGUUCAGCUGGCUGUUGGCUCCUGGGUCACUGGAAUUCCAGUCCAGAUUGGACAAACUUGGCAAAUAUUCUCUUUGCCUUUCUGUAAUUCCAACCUCAUUAACCACUUCUUCUGUGACAUACCCCCCAUUCUCAAGCUAGCCUGUGGUGACACUUUGGUGCAUGAGGUUUCUGUGUAUGUAGUAGUUAUGUUGGUUGCUGCAGUUCCUUUUAUGUUGAUACUUGCCUCUUACAGCAAAAUCAUCUGUACCAUCCUGAGGCUGCCAACAGCCAAAGGGAGAGCUAAGGCCUUCUCCACGUGUUCUUCCCACCUGCUGGUGGUGGUUUUAUUCUUUGGAUCCGCUACCAUCACCUACCUGAGGCCAAAAUCCAGUCAUUCAGCAGGAACUGACAAACUACUCUCUCUUUUCUACACUGCUGUGACUCCAAUGUUCAAUCCCAUGAUAUACAGCUUUCGGAAUAAGGACGUCAUUGCAGCACUAAGAAAAAUGUUUCUUAAAAGAAUGACACGCUGA